AUGGCUGCUUUGGAAGGAAUCUCUUUAGAAUAUAUCCUCCCAGUCCUCAACCAGCUAUACCGCUUCAUUCCGCCACCCAUCCUACAAAACAUCUUCACAUACACACAGCUAGCCCGGGAUCACUGGCAAGCAGCCCAACUCACAUACCUCCAACCAUAUAUUCUCACGCCGAUAAAUGCGCUUCUCAACUCGCCGCCUGACCUCUUCUCGAUACUUGCUCUACUUCUCAUCUUCUUUAUUUCGCUCAAAGUCCUGGACUAUGCAAGGCGAGUGAUUAUGUUUUGGGUCAUGUUGGUGUUCCGGCUGGCGUUUUGGGGUGUGGUUUUGGGAGGCGCCUGGUAUGUGUAUACGGUUGGAUGGGAGAAGACAUGGCGUGACGCCGCGUGGGUGCUGGGGUUGCUGGAGGGGUUUAUCCAGCAGCUGAUAGCGAAUAACCCGUCUUCGUCUGGUGGUGGUCGUGGUGGCGGUAGAAGCUCUCGACCAGCAGCUGGAUGGAAGCCGAAGGAUCAAUGGGGGGGUUCGCAGGGUAGGCUAUGGAGGUGA